UGUCGGAGUGGCAGCACUCCAGGGCCGAACCCCGGGGGCCGAUGGAGCUGGGCAUCCUUUUCUAGUGUUUUAAUGCGGAUUCGACUCAGGACUCAGGCAGAGAGGUCUUGGAGCGUUCGCGAUUGACCUUCGCACCUUGGACGUGCAAAUGGCCAGUGGGAGAGUUGAUGACUCGCCUGAGGCCAAGCAGGUGGACCAGGGAGGAGACCAGAGCCCACGUCUUGGCGCUGAGGCCAGCUACCAACCGCAGCUCUGAGGGGCAGUCCUGGUGUAAUGUUCAAGCCCAGAAAUGCCUUAUGUGGAUCGUCAGAAUCGCAUUUGUGGUUUUCUAGAUAUUGAAGAAAAUGAAAACAGUGGGAAGUUUCUUCGACGGUACUUCAUACUGGAUACCAGAGAAGAUAGUUUUGUGUGGUACAUGGAUAAUCCACAGAACCUACCUUCUGGAUCAUCACGUGUUGGAGCUAUUAAACUUACCUACAUUUCAAAGGUUAGCGAUGCAACUAAGCUAAGGCCAAAAGCUGAGUUCUGUUUUGUUAUGAAUGCAGGAAUGAGGAAAUAUUUCCUACAAGCCAAUGAUCAGCAAGACCUAGUAGAAUGGGUAAAUGUCUUGAACAAAGCUAUAAAAAUUACAGUACCAAAGCAGUCAGAUUCACAGCCUAAUUCUGAUAACCCAAAUCGCCAAGGUGAAUGUGGGAAGAAACAAGUGUCUUACAGAACUGAUAUUGUUGGCGGUGUACCCAUAAUUACUCCAACUCAGAAAGAAGAAAUAAAUGAAUGUGGUGAAAGUACUGACAAAAAUAAUUUGAAACGGUCACAUAGCCAUCUUCCUUACUUUACUCCUAAACCACCUCCAGACAGUGCAGUUAUCAAAGCUGGAUACUGUGUAAAACAAGGAGCAGUGAUGAAAAACUGGAAAAGAAGAUAUUUUCAGUUGGAUGAAAACACAAUUGGCUACUUCAAAUCGGAACUGGAAAAGGAACCUCUACGUGUAAUACCACUCAAAGAAGUUCAUAAAGUCCAGGAAUGUAAGCAAAGUGACAUAAUGAUGAGGGACAACCUGUUUGAAAUUGUAACAACAUCUCGAACUUUCUAUGUGCAGGCUGAUAGCCCUGAAGAGAUGCACAGUUGGAUUAAAGCGGUCUCUGGCGCCAUUGUAGCACAGCGGGGACCUGGCAGAUCAGCAUCUUCUGAGCAUUCCACCUGUCCUUCAGAAUCCAAACACACUCUCCGUUCUGCCAGCGCAGCAGCAGCCACCUCACAUUCCACAGCCUCUCGCAGCAACUCUCUGGUCUCAAGCUUUACCAUGGAGAAGCGAGGAUUUUACGAAUCUCUUACCAAGGUCAAGCCAGGUAACUUCAAGGUCCAGACUGUCUCUCCAAGAGAACCAGCUUCCAAAGUGACUGAACAAGCUAUAGUAAAACCUCAAAAUGGCCCUCAGGAAAAAGAUCAUGACCCAGUGGACUUGGAUGAUGCAAGCCUUCCAGUCAGUGAUGUAUAAGCUGGAAGCAUGUGGGGGCCUGAUUGCCCCUUCUAUCCUUCGGUGUCCUUUCAUGGGCUUCUAGCCAAAGAUGAUAAAGGUUGAAGUAGUUUUUAAUAUAUAUUAUACUGCCUCUUAGAUGUACUCUUAAGCUGGUAAACCAAGAGUCUAGGAAGCAGCCAAACUCAAUGUAAUUUCUUUAAGAGAAAAAAUCUUAAUUGUCUCAGUAUCAACUGUCUCAAGAUUUGCGUAUCCUCAUUUGGGUGAUAAAAAUGUGUGUGUGAUACUUUUUUAUUCCUAGCGACUUUGACAGUUUAAAUAUUUAGCAAUUUAAAACAUUUAAAAUGCUUAAUAAUUUUGGUUCUUUAAAAAGUACUGCAAUGACUUCCCAUUAAAUGUUCAGUAUUUACACAUUCUUAUUCAUUAAUAUUACAAAGUGAAACAUUGCCAGACUAAGAUUCCUAAACUCAUGAUGUCUGUGGUGCUGCAACAUUUUUACUGCAAGGUGGGCUAUUUUGAAAUCAUAACCACUUUUGAUGCCCAUAAUUUUGAGGUGAGUGGUAAAUUUUGCAUAGAAGCUGUAACUAGAUCUUUGGUAAGGAUGGUGGGUUGUCCUGGAUUAGAAAUAAGAAAAAAAUGAGAAUUCAAACAACUAUUUUGAGAUGUUUGGUUGAGAAGGUCUAGGACUUGCACUGGUCAGUGCUUCAUUCAGUGAAACUUACAUAGUUAGAAAUUGUUGGGAGAUCUAAUUUUAUCAAAGUUUUGUAAAUAGUUAUUAUUCCUAUAUUUGGCUCAGUGAAAGACCUCAAGUUUAUAUGUAAAGACAUAACUGCCCUUUAGUCAUGAAAUUGUUGUGGCCUCUACUUUUUGUCACUGAUAGCCUGUAUUCAAGUGCCUGUGUUUUUUUCAUCUUGUUUAGGAAUGUUUUGAGAUUAAUAUGCUCAAAAAUCCUUCGUGAUUGGCUUUAAAUAUUGGAAUAAAGUUAAUUUUUCAGUAGCAUAAUUUAAUGUGUUAAAUGAGAUAGCAUUUUAUGUUAGAGAUACCAAAAUUCUGGUAUUUUUCUACAUGUGCAAUAUAUAUGUUUCAAAAAACAAAUUUGAGUAUACAUUUAAUCAUGGGGAUAUCAUGGAUAUAACCACCUACAUAAAAAAAUCCUUAUUUUUGGUUGUAGAAUGAUAAACCAGUUUGAGUAAGUACCAUUUUGCAGUUCAGUCCUUAACAUUUGCUUUAAGAAAAAUAGUCUUGAAUUUCACAUGCUGCUAUUUUAUGAUAUUUUACUAUUUUACAGUGCUAUUUUUUAAUACAUAUUGCUGUGUCUUUUCAUUUUCUAAGCUGACUUAUCUGUGAGAGAAGAGAGGAACUUCCUACUCCAGAAGUAGAGUCCAGAAAUUAAGAUAUAUCAUACUCGAAUUAUUCAGUUUUAGUUUAAAAAUCCAUAUGUAUAAGAAUACACCAACAACUUUUAUUCAUAAGCUAAUAUUUUUUAAACUUAUGCAACUACAUUUGAAAAUGUUAGAAUGAGCCAGGCAUUGUGGCACAU